UCCUUCCAUAAGCAAGAGAAUUAUCCUAAAUCCCGCUCAGAACUAUAAAUAUCCUCUCUUUCUUCUCUUUACAUCCCCUUCUUUCUUUCUUUCCUUCCUUCAACAUUUCUCUCAACCUUAGGCAGACAUCAUCAACAACUUUCCAAAAGACCAACUCAGCUGUAAAUAUCGCUGCCCCCUCUAAAACCCCAAUAAUGGAGCCUUAUUCGCUCAUCAAGACUCUCGGCGACAUCACGCAGGUAGAGCCGGCAGUCAUAGUCAAGAAUCUCAGUUGCAUGAUCUACGGAUCAAACAUGAUCGGGUUCGCAGGUGGCAGUCUCGCAACAACCUACAGACUGUGCUGUGCAGUCUUUGACGAAGAAGGAUCGCAGCUCCCAGAAGACAUAACCAUGAACGAUGUCGAGUACACAGAAAUCCGACAACAUUUGAUUGACAGGAAGCUUCCAUGGGCGCAUGACAGAAUCCAGCAAAGUUACCGGGAAACCCUGCAGCACGCACAGGCUGCAAAGUAUCUGAUCGAGAAAAUCUGUAUCGAGAAAGACUUCUCUGAGAACACCAUCAAGGAAACCCACGGCAUCCUGACCAACAAGAUCGAUAUAGAUCAGAACACGCCUUGGCCAUCCUACAGCGGAACUUAUCGUAACUGGGAUGGGCGUUCCAACUCGCACAUUUUCACGGAUGUGGCACAAAUACCUAAUGCAAUUCACAACAUGGUCAACGCCCUCAUGGCAGAAAUAAGCCUCGCAGUCGCACCAUACGAUGGAAUCGCCAUAGGGCAGCUAAGCAAGCCGGAAGUCUGGGCCAGGGUCUCUUUUGCUAGCAAAUAUUGCCACCGAUUCGUCAAUAUCCACCCCUUUGCAGACGGAAAUGGGCGCAUGUGCCGUUUGCUCCUGAAUGCCCUCCUCCUCAGAGUUGGCGUAUGCCCUGCGGUUAUCGGAGUACACGACCGUGAUCGAAAAGUUUAUCUACGAAUUGCAGUCAAUGGCAGUCAGAAUGACUUGCAAAACCAGGGAGAGGCUGUCCCUGAGCCACAUCUCGAGUUGGCAGCAUUUGUGCUCGCGCAUGUGCAACCUGGUCUGUGGAGCACAAAGGACCUGAACACAUACCUGAGCCCAUUUCUACAAGUGACGGGUCGGGACAAUGCGAUGCUUCCUCAAUAAAUAGAAGAUGGUCUAAAAUUAUUCCGCCUCAUGCUUAUUCUGCCGGGUAUCAUACAGACAUAGAUAGGCAAGGUAGUUAC